AUGUACCUUCUUGCAGCAUACUUCGAUCAUCUUCAACUUUGCAGAUACCACCGAACUUUAACAUCCGUUUCCGGCGCAAACAUCAAGACAAUCAAAACAUUUUUUGACCCUAGCAAAACCAAUCAUCUUAAGUCGUACGCGGUGGUCGUUUCUUUUUAUACCAACAGACAAAAAAGAAGGAUCAAGAGAAUAAUUGAUCAAUCGAUAGAUGGAGUUGGAGUCAUCAUGUGUUCCUCCAGGGUUCAGAUUUCAUCCUACGGAGGAAGAACUCGUGGGAUACUAUCUCAAAAGGAAAGGAGGUGCAAAUUAGGAUACGAAGAACAAAACGAGUGGUUUUUCUUCAGUCACAAAGAUAGAAAGUACCCUACAGGCACACGGACCAAUAGAGCUACCUCAGCCGGUUUCUGGAAGGCAACAGGAAGAGACAAGGCGGUGCUAUCAAAAGACAGGAUCAUCGGAAUGAGAAAAACCCUUGUUUUCUACAACGGACGUGCACCCAAUGGCCGGAAAAGUGACUGGAUUAUGCACGAAUAUCGCCUCCAAUCGUCUCACAAUGCUCCCGUUCAGGCAAAAGGCUGGGUGGUUUGUCGGGCGUUCAAGAAACCAAGUCCAGUUCAAAAACAAGGGUUUGAACCCUGGAACAAUGGUUACUACAUUCGGAACACCAAUAAUAUUAGACCACUUCCACCGAUUAAUGAUAUAUUUAAUUCCUCGCAAUCCUUCCACUCAAAUCAAUCCAUGGUAUCACAUAAACUACCCUUUAAUGAUCAAGAUCAACAACUUUCUGCAAAUCACUUCCUACUUGAACAUUCAAAUAUCGAUAGUCCUUCAGCUUCAAGAAGCUUUGCAACAAACGAAGACCAUGACUAUGAGAGUGGAAUUGAUUUUAACCACUACGAUAAUGAUUGGAAGAACAUAGAAAAUUUACUUGGGUCCGAAUUAAACAAACCCUCCUCGUUUCCCUAUUCAACCAUGCCAUUGAUCGCCCACAAUCAUGAUAACAAUGAGUUCGACUCUAGUGAUCAAACCAGCCACCUUUUUGGAUGCUUUUCUGACUUGUAA